AUGGCUGCCUUGGGUUGGAGUUAUCCAUCCCCGCCCCCUGCGGGCUUUUGGAGCCCAAGAACUUCGACAAUGAACUUCUGCGAGCUGGACUACAUUGUCUCGACAUAUAUUGCAGAAUUUAUCAACACUAUAUCAAAUUUUGUGUACUGGGAUUACGCGAUUCUUUUGAGUUACAUACAGCUAGCAGGAGUGGGUAUUGGGUCCAUUGCCUUCCACUCAACACUGAAGUUCCCUGCCCAAAUAGUUGAUGAAAUGGCAAUGCUAUAUGCAACUUCCACUGUCAUCUAUGCAGUGUUUGCAUUCAGGUUAAAGCCGAUGGUCCAGUUGUUCUUCGGAUUUCUCCUCUUUGCUGGUUUGUCUGUUAUUACAAUUCUUCACGUUCAGCAGGAAAACUCGUUGGCACACCGUAUCUGCUUUGCUACUAUGAUCGUAAUCGUAGCCGCCCGGUGCAGCUGGUUGUUACUGGGAGUAACCGACCUUGCUAUCAGAUCCGAGAUGAAACAUCUUGCCUUUAUGGGAACAGUAUAUUCGUCUGCAAAGCGACACGCAGAACCGAAGUUGCACCGUCAGGCUUUUGCAGUCCUACUUUUUAGUACCGCAUCUGAUCGUUCUCCCACAAAAACAAGACUGAGGCUGGCUGAGGGUGUAAUCCCGGGGAAGAAUCACGAUGCCCGGGGUUUGGAUCUCUUGUGUAAACCCUGGUCAAGGGGAAUUGCAACAAAAGCCAGGGGUGUGGUCAAGCCUCGUACUUGGAUGCUGAAAGUUGAAAUGCUUGACGAUUUGAACCGCAGUGUCGACACCUCAAUCUUAGCCGUAUAUCCUGAUGUGACCUCCCUGGGCUGA